CACUUCUCAAUGAUGUUGCUAGGAGUGAAAAAGAUUAUGAUCCAUUUGCUGAUCGUCGAAGACCUACAAUUGCAGAUAGGGAAGAUGAAUAUAGGCAAAAAAGAAGAAAAAUGAUCAUCUCCCCAGAACGUGUAGAUCCAUUUGCUGAUGGUGAGUAACAUUUCUCUCUUUAUUGUUAUUAUGCACAAUUGAAAUGUAUUCUGAUUUGGAGGUUGAAAACCCUUUAUGUAAGAAGAUAAUAAUGUUUGUUUUUCAAGCUGUCAAUGAAUUCUGGAAUAAAGAUCAAUUCUAUGAAAAUUUAAACUAUUUUGAAAAUAGUGUAAUACUCAUAUUCUCGAUAAAACAUUCAAUAUAGAUUGGUACCUCAAUAUAUGUAUUUGUUCACGAUUUUUGAAGGUUGUUCCCUUGAAAAAUAAACAAAUAUUAUAUUAAAAUGGUUGAAUUUCAAUCUUCAAAGUAAAUAUUUUAUUGGGGGUAUAAAAUGAUUAUGAAAGAAAUCACUAGAGCGAAUGUUGGAUGAGUGAGGCUUUGAGAAAAGUAGAAUAAAAUAAAAGAGUAUAAAAUCAAACUAAUGAUAGUCAUUUUCUUCUGGAUGGAUAAAUUCCUACAGGUCAUCUUAUUCAAGAGGUUUGUUGACUACUUAAAGACAACGGAUCGACUCGUAAAAAGUAUGAAGGUGAUAAAUUCUGCUCAGUGCGAAAGUGUGUGUGAGUUGUAUAGAAAAUUAUUAAUUACCCCAGGCUAUUUCUAGGUUCGAUUCUCCAGUUGUUUUUUGAAGGAACUGCCAAUGUGGUUGGAUCAAAUCAUGAGGAAAAACGCCAGAUCUGAAUGCACGUGGAUACUCUCAGAUUAUGAAAGAGCAGAUUCUCAAAGGAGAAGAAAACGAAAUACGGAAAAAAAUUCUAGACAAAGCGAAGGAUGGUUCACUUAAGGUUAUUAACGGAGAAUCAAAAGGACCUAAGAAGAGGGGGCGUUGGGAUCAAACCAUUGAUGAAGUUUUUGUUCCGAGUAAGAAGAAAAUACUGUCUGUUUCUACACCAAGCGGCGCAGAAGCUGCAACACCCGUAUGGGGAGACGCAGAUAAAACCCCAGCGGAUCAUCGUUGGGAUGAAACUCCAGGCCACAAGGGCAGCGAAACACCAGGGGCGACUCCGGGUCAAUCGACAAGACAGUGGGACGCAACACCUGGAGCUGCCACACCGGGUCGUGAAACUCCUGGACACGAUAAGAGCGUCUCGAGAAGAAAUCGUUGGGACGAAACCCCCAAGACUGAGAGAGAAACUCCUGGCCAUUCGAGCGGUUGGGCUGAGACCCCCAGAACGGACAGAACUGGCGCUGACUUGAUUCAAGACACUCCAACUCCGGGAGCAUCUAAAAGAAGAUCACGAUGGGAUGAAACACCCUCUGCGGCAACGCCUUCUCAAACGAUGACUCCUGGGGCCAUGACACCCCAAACUCCUCACGGAACCCCAGGACAUGCCACACCUCUGAUGACACCGGGAGGUUCUACACCUGUUGGCGUUAAAGCCAUGGCCAUGGCCACACCGACUCCAGGCCAUUUGGCAUCCAUGACGCCAGAGCAGCUUCAAGCCUACCGAUGGGAAAGAGAGAUCGAUGAGAGAAACAGACCUUACACAGACGAUGAAUUAGAUUCUAUGUUUCCACCAGGUUAUAAAAUCUUGCCUCCACCUGCUGGUUAUAUUCCGAUAAGAACACCAGCUCGUAAACUUACCGCAACUCCCACACCCUUGAUUGGAGGUACCCCAACCGGCUUCUUCAUUCAGCAAGAGGACAGGAGUGCCAAAUAUCUAGAUAAUCAGCCGAAAGGACAAAAUUUACCCUUCAUGAAACCGGAAGACGCACAAUACUUCGACAAGUUGUUGGUGGACGUUGACGAAGAUGCUCUCAGUCCUGAAGAACAAAAAGAGAGGAAAAUCAUGAAGUUGCUGCUCAAAAUUAAGAAUGGAACUCCACCGAUGAGAAAAGCGGCCCUGAGGCAGAUCACCGAUAAGGCUCGCGAAUUCGGGGCCGGGCCACUUUUCAACCAGAUCUUGCCCCUUUUGAUGAGUCCCACUCUCGAAGAUCAAGAACGUCAUCUUUUAGUCAAGGUCAUAGACAGAAUUUUGUACAAACUCGACGAUCUGGUGAGACCGUACGUCCACAAGAUUCUCGUCGUCAUCGAACCCUUGCUCAUUGAUGAAGACUACUAUGCCAGAGUGGAGGGUAGGGAGAUUAUCUCGAAUCUCGCCAAAGCUGCGGGUCUAGCAACUAUGAUUUCCACGAUGAGACCGGAUAUCGAUAAUAUAGAUGAAUACGUGAGAAACACCACCGCCAGGGCGUUUGCCGUUGUGGCUUCAGCGCUCGGAAUCCCCUCGCUUUUGCCCUUCUUGAAAGCCGUGUGCAGGUCCAAAAAAUCAUGGCAAGCUAGACAUACCGGUAUUAAAAUCGUUCAGCAGAUAGCCAUCUUGAUGGGUUGUGCCAUUCUACCUCACUUGAAGUCGUUAGUAGAAAUCAUCGAGCACGGUCUAGUAGACGAACAACAGAAAGUUAGGACCAUCACUGCUUUAGGUAUAGCUGCCCUGGCUGAAGCUGCAACACCCUACGGUAUCGAAAGUUUCGACUCCGUACUGAAACCUCUGUGGAGAGGUAUAAGAACGCACAGAGGAAAAGGUCUAGCCGCUUUCCUCAAAGCCAUUGGAUAUCUGAUACCCCUCAUGGACGCCGAAUACGCCAAUUACUACACCAGAGAAGUGAUGCUGAUUUUGAUCCGAGAGUUCCAGUCUCCAGACGAAGAAAUGAAGAAGAUCGUCCUGAAGGUGGUGAAGCAAUGUUGUUCGACGGACGGUGUGGAAUCUCAGUACAUCAAAGACGAGAUCCUACCGCAGUUCUUCAAACACUUCUGGAAUCACAGGAUGGCCUUGGACAGAAGAAACUACAGGCAAUUGGUGGAUACGACCGUGGAGAUCGCCAAUAAAGUAGGAGCUUCGGAAAUUAUCAACCGAAUCGUUGAUGAUCUCAAAGACGAAAACGAACAAUACAGAAAGAUGGUAAUGGAGAGCAUCGAAAAGAUAAUGGGCAAUUUGGGUGCGGCAGACAUCGAUUCGCGAUUGGAAGAACAGCUCAUCGACGGCAUUCUGUACGCGUUCCAAGAACAGACCACCGAAGACGUUGUAAUGUUGAACGGUUUCGGAACGAUUGUGAACCAGUUGGGAAAGAGGGUCAAGCCUUACCUGCCUCAAAUAUGCGGUACGAUCCUUUGGAGGUUGAACAACAAAUCCGCGAAGGUACGUCAGCAAGCCGCCGAUCUCAUUUCGCGCAUCGCCAUCGUUAUGAAAACGUGUCAAGAAGAGAAACUGAUGGGUCACUUGGGCGUGGUACUUUACGAAUGUCUGGGAGAAGAAUACCCCGAAGUCCUAGGUUCCAUAUUGGGGGCGUUGAAGGCCAUCGUUAACGUGAUUGGUAUGACGAAGAUGACUCCGCCCAUUAAGGAUCUGCUGCCACGCCUCACGCCCAUCCUGAAGAAUCGUCACGAGAAAGUGCAGGAGAACUGCAUCGAUUUGGUUGGAAGGAUCGCCGAUAGGGGUCCCGAAUACGUGUCCGCCAGAGAGUGGAUGAGGAUCUGUUUCGAACUUUUGGAAUUGCUGAAGGCCCACAAGAAGGCCAUUCGUCGAGCCACCGUGAACACCUUCGGCUACAUAGCCAAGGCUAUAGGUCCCCACGACGUGUUGGCGACCCUUCUGAACAACUUGAAGGUUCAAGAGAGACAGAACAGGGUUUGUACGACGGUGGCCAUCGCUAUAGUGGCGGAAACUUGUUCCCCCUUCACCGUGCUGCCAGCCCUGAUGAACGAGUAUCGAGUGCCCGAGCUGAACGUACAGAACGGUGUCCUGAAAUCGCUCUCUUUCCUCUUCGAGUACAUCGGAGAGAUGGGCAAAGAUUACAUUUACGCCGUGGCCCCCCUUCUCGAGGACGCGUUGAUGGACAGGGAUCUGGUUCACAGGCAGACGGCCUGCGCCGCCAUCAAACACAUGGCUUUGGGAGUUUACGGUUUCGGAUGCGAGGAUGCCCUGAUCCAUCUGCUGAACUACGUCUGGCCCAAUAUUUUCGAAACUUCGCCCCAUCUUGUGCAGGCGUUUAUGGACGCUAUAGAAGGGAUGAGAGUCGCCCUGGGGCCGAUUAAAAUUCUACAGUACUCGUUACAGGGUCUGUUUCAUCCUGCCAGAAAAGUAAGAGAUGUUUAUUGGAAAAUAUACAACUCGCUUUAUAUUGGGGGGCAAGAUUCAUUAGUAGCUGGAUAUCCAAGAAUAACAAAUGAUCCUAAAAACCAGUACAUCCGAUAUGAACUAGAUUAUGUUCUUUAAAAUGAUGAUUGCUUUUUUAUUCUUUUGUAUCAAACUCUGUAUUGACAUUGAAGUUAUCGUAUUUUCAGUUCGUAUGUAACUUUUCAGAAAAGAUUCACCUCUUUAUUCAUUUAGCGUGAUCAGUUUUUCAUAUUUCAACUUGAACUUGUGGUAAUUUCUUCAAUAUGCUCAGAUGUUGCUUGAUGAAAGAAUAUGUGUUCUUGUACAGAAUAUUUGACAUCUGUAGUUGUAACUAAGUAGGCAAAGCUGAAAUUUAGGGGAGGAAGAUUAGUAACUAUGUUCCUCCUCAACACUUGUUUGUAAAAUAGAAAUCUAUGUAAUAAAGAAAAUUAUAAAGAA